UAGUGUCAAGUGUUUUGAUUGGUGGUUAUUACAGGCAUCCAGUGAUGUUCUCUGAAACAAUGAAAAUCAGUAAUUGCCGUUUUUAAGAGCAAUAAAAAUUCAUUACAGUAUAUCACAAGAAUACAUUUGAAGAUGUAAUGGAAAUCAAUAACAUGUUGUCGAAAAUGAUCUCUAAUUAUCAAAACCAAAUAAACUACAUCUUCAUAGUUUAGAUUCAAAUGCCACGGCACAUAAUAGGUGAUCAGUUUUGAUACUUCAAUUUCAAUAAGUAUUCACAUAUCUGCUCUUCAGUAUGUGCAAAUAGUGUCUUCAUUUUCAUUUCUAUCCUGUUUAUUUUGCUCACAGCCUUGCCAUAAAGAACUUGGUAGUGUAGAAAAAUAAGUAAAAAAAAUACUUAAAUCUGUUGUUUCCAAUAUUGUUUAGGAAAAUAAAUAAAAUAUAAAAGACAUUAAAUCACAUAAUACUUUUAUAUGCAAAUGAUGCAAAUUUAACAAAUCAUUGUACACACAAACACAAACAAACAAUGGACUUAUUUCCUGUGAGAAAUGCAUUCAAUCGGGCUUCAAAGAAACAAAAGACAUGGUAUGGCAAGACUCAAGAAGAUAUUGAUAAGGUUUUGGAAGUCAUAACCAAUGCAAUUAUUGAACUUUCCAUAGUCCCUGAGGAGGCUCCUGCUGGAGUUCAUCAAAAAUUGGUCAUGGAAGUGUUACAAGCAAGGCUAAAAGAGAUUGGAGCCCAAAGCUUUACAGAGGCUCCCCUAAAAGAAAUAAACAAUGCAAUGACAAAGUGUGGGAAAUUGAUUGACAAGUGCUUUAACCGCAACCUUGGCAAAGUGUAUAGAAACGUGGAGUUCAACCACGGACUUGUGAACCAACUUGUGGCCUUGCAUUUUUAUCGGCAAGGUCUUUUUGAUGUCGGUGAUUGUUUUGUGGCUGAAUCCCAUGGAGAAAGUGCUUUGUCAAUGAGAACCCAAUUUUGGGAGAGUCACCAAAUUUUGGCACAAUUGCAAGCGGGAGAUUUGAGCGGAGCUCUUGCAUGGGCACAAGAACACCACAUUGCUUUACAACAAAGGAAAUCUUCUUUAGAGUUUCGGCUUCAACGGCUUCAAUUUGUGCAAUAUUUGGUAGAAGGGAAAAAGGCGUUGGCUCUAGAACAUGCAAGAAGCUCAUUUGGAGGUUUUGCAAACAACCACAUGCAUGAGAUACAAAGAUUGAUGGGUAGUUUGUUGUGGGCCGGGAGGCUACAAAUGUCACCAUAUGUAGAUAUUUUGUCAAAUAUGGAUUGGGAUGCAAUAGCUUUUGAAUUCAUGCAUGAGUGUUGUGCCAUGUUGGGGCAAUCCUACAAUAGCCCCUUAUUUGUCACCCUUUGUGCCGGCUCUCAAGCACUUCCAACACUAUUGAAAGUAGCAGCUGUGAUGGGUGGUAAGAAGCACGAGUGGCAAUCCAUGGCCCAAUUGCCAAUGGAGAUAGAGCUUGAAAAGGGAUUACAAUUCCACUCCAUCUUUGCAUGUCCGGUAUCGCGGGACCAAAGCACAAAUGAGAACCCUCCCAUGCUCCUCCCUUGCGGCCAUGUGCUUUGUCGGCAAUCCAUUCAAAAACUUGCUAAAGCCCCCACACGGACUUUCAAAUGCCCAUAUUGUCCGUCCGAGACCACCCUCUCCCUUUGCCAACAACUCCAUUUAUAAGUCAAACUCUUCAACUCUCUUCCAUUCUUAUAGACAUUUUUUUCUUGGAAAAAAGUAUGUAAGGAUUUGAUGUUCAAUACUUUUUCAUCUCAUACCACAAAGGAACAUAGAGAGAGAGGAGUAAAAGAAGAAAAAGAUGAUCUUUGAGGUUGUUAAAGGUAGGUGGUAAUAGAACAACUUUUUGGUUUUGGUUUUGAUUUUAUUUUUAUGUCACAUUUAAAUAUACAAAUGGGUAAGUUUCUUUUUAUUUUGGAUUGUUGCAUUCGAACUGUUUGAGUAUAGUUGGAUAUUAAUUAAGAUAGAGUAUACAGUCCAGUGAUGAUUCUAAUUGGGUAAAAAUAACAUUAACUAUUUAAUUUCUAUUUGCAAUAAUUAUGUCCACAAAAUCAUUCUUCAAAUUU